AUGCGAGUAAAGAGAAGUGUCUUGAGAAAAAAAGAUUUGAAUGCCAUAGUUGUUCUGGAAGACAUCUUUUCUGACUUCAGAAAAUGUCACGAGAAAUGUCGAUUGUGUUUCAAAUCAGUCACCGAGCAAAAGUCAAGAAUAAAAUUCACAAAUGACAUAAAGAACAAGAUUCAUUCUGUCCUGCAAAUUGACUUGUCAUUGGAUGGAAUAGCAUCAAAAUUUAUGUGUCCCAAAUGUGAAAACAAUUUAGAUAAUUUCCAUCUGUUCAAGCGCAGAAUAAAAGAGAAACAAAAAUAUUUUGAGAAGUUUACUAACAAAAACAUUGACGAUACCGAUGAUGAACUACAAAUCUUAUUUCAACAGAAUUUCAUAAAAACCGAAAAUGAAUUGAAUAUAUCAACAGAGAUGGAGUUGGCUUCUCCAAUGAAUAAAGUUAAAGAAGAAAUUUCUGAACAGCAACAUGAAAGUCCAAGCAAUCUUGAUAAAGGUCGCAGUGAGGAGACAAAUGAACUUCAAAAGCAGGAUAACUCAAAUCCGUAUUUCGUUCAUGGCGAUGAUCAUGGAAAAGUAUUAAAUAACGGUGAAACAACGAAACGACAUCAAUACGUAAGACAUUUGAAAACUAAACUCCAGUGCGAUAUUUGUGGAAAAACAUUGACAAGUAGAGUCAAAAUUGCUUAUCACAUGAACACGCAUAAGAAAUUCAGAAAAAAAGAUUUUCAUUGUGAAAUUUGUGAAAAUUCCUACUUUGGUAACGAUCAGCUUCAAAGACAUGUUUUAAAGAAUCAUGAAAGGCCAAAGCAUCUUUCCUGUUCAAUAUGUCGAAGAACUUUUAAGACCAAAGAAGACUUAAAAAAUCAUAAGUUGCUUCCCUGUCGUUUACCUUGUGAUAUUUGUGGGAAAAUGCUUACACAGGCAAAUCUCAAGCGACAUAUAGAUAUGGUGCAUUUCAAUAUAAAACCAUAUCAGUGCGAUAUUUGUGGAAAAACAAUGACAAGUAGAGUCAACAUUGCUUAUCACAUGAACACGCAUAAGAAAUUUAGAAAAAAAGAUUUUCAAUGCCAUAUUUGCGAAUCUUCUUUCUUCCAAAAAUGGAAUCUUCAAAGGCAUAUUUUAAAGAAUCAUGAAGGACCAAAGCAUUCUACCUGUUCAAUAUGUCGAAGAACUUUUAAGACCAAAGAAGGCUUAAAAAAUCAUAAGUUGCGUCCCUGUCUUUUUCUUAGAAAAACAUAA